AUGAAAAAGAAGAUUAACAUUAACAGUAUUCCACAUAUCAUUAAACAAAUAGAGAGUGUAUGUAAGUCUGAUAGAAAAGUAUUGGCAAAACUACUAAAUAAUCUAUCAAUACUUAUAGAAAAGAAUGUUAUAAUUAAGAAUGAUUAUAAUAAAUACUUUCUAGAGGAGAAGCAAAAUGAAUUAAGAAAAUUAAUUCAUAAUCUCUGUUUCAUUAGAAGAGGUCUCACACAUGAAUAUGCUUAUCAAUAUCACAAUAAAAUUGAAUCUUUAUUAAAAAAAAUUGAAUUUAAUAGAAAACAGUGUAAUAGAGAAUAUGAUGAGUUUUUAAUUCAUUUUGAGGAUUUUACUGAACUUGAUUGUUCAAGUAUAUUUUCUACUAUUCCAUCAACUUUUAGCAAAUUGAAAAAAUGUGAAAGAGCUAUUGAUGAAGACUGUAAAUACAAUAAGGUGAUCAAUGAAAAUAAACAGUUAAUGACUUACUUUAAAAAUCUCUAA